AUGAAGUUUUUCUCUACACUUGUGAUCGCUGUAUCUCUUUUCGAGGCUAGCGCACUUCCCGUUGAGUCAAUUGGGGUUGAGAGUGUUAGUCGCGUCAAGAACGCAGCCAAAGUCCCGCCGUUUACCGGCGGAGUCGCAUUCCCAAAACGACAGAGCGACAAAGACACAAUAAUUAGAGAAAGAGGCAGAAAGGUUCAGAACCCAGCGAGAAUACCUCCCUUCACCGGAAGCCCCGCCUUCCCUGGGAAAUAA